UUACGACAAGCCGUAAAAAUAGGAAGUAAAAAUAUGGCGGCCGUUGGGGCUCGCCAGGGCAUACGGUCACACAAAACAGGGCGUUUUAAAUCUCGAAAUGACAGUGGCGAUGAAGUUUUUCGAUUGGACUUUACCAAAGGCCCAACAGAUAAUUUGAAGGAAAUACUAGUGAAUACUAUUGCACAAAUACAGACUUCUAAAUCAAGAAAACUGGGUUACUUAAAUGCUUUUGUAAAGUUCCUACAGAAAUAUAAGCAGGAGAAAAUUACUGGAUUUUCAAAGAGAGAUAUUUUAAGCUGUUUGAGAAUAAGUUUGUUUCAUGAAGCAAAAGAAGUUAGAGCAGCCACCUUAAGAGUUUUACGGUACUUUAUACAAGAUGGUGAAGCUAUAGACUUGGUGUAUGCAUUACAGAUAGAUUAUUUGAUUGUCAGAUCAGUGGAUGUUUGUCUUGACAAUGAGGUAGAAAGAAUACAUGCCAUUAAAUUGAUCAGAAAGAUAGCACAUGUAGCACCUCACAAACUAUCUUCCUCUCUAGUGUAUCCAUUGGUUGCUAUUGGUAAUGAUGGCAACCAUGAAAGAGACAGAAUGGUCAGAAUAUCAUUAGCUACGAUAUGUGAAAUAGCUUUUCUGAACCCUGAGUUAUUAUCGUUAUGUGGAGGUAUAUCGACAAUCAUAAGAGCAGCAUUAGACUGUCAUCAGUAUCCCAGGAUCAACGAGUCACUUGUAUCAACCAUUUUAUAUUUGCUAAAUCAUCCUAGGACAAGACAUCUGAUUAAAUUCAACACAGAUUUAGAGCAAUUGUUAGCACCAUUCACUGACUGUCAUUAUAGAUUUAGUGCAGACUCAAGUGAUGGAUCUACUGGAGAAGAUAAAGAACAUAGAUUUGCCUCCAGUAAGAUGGCUGUUAUAGCUAUAAUGAAAUCAUGGCCAGGGAUACUGAGAUUUUGUCGACCUGAUGGGAGUGGUUUACAAUCUAUUGUUGGAAUUUUAUAUCUUCCCUUUCCUGAAAUUAGGCAAGGAAUAUUGGAUAUUUUAUAUGAUCUAUUUCGUCUACAAGUACCAGAAUUUACAGAAGAUUUCUCGGAGGCACUUCUCAGUGUUGAUCCAUCAGUGAUGAAGUAUACAUGGAGGCUUACAGAAGGAUUUGUUGCAGAGGAAGGAAAGUCUUCACUGCCUCAUAUGGCUAAAAUAAGACCUAAUUUGGUAGAAAACCAUAUAGCAUUGAUAUUAUUUGCCUGGAUUGGAGCUGGCAUCCUAGAGGCUUUAGUAGAAGUUAUCAUCAGCAGUAGUACAAAGUUGUCUAUAAGGGCAACAAUAUUGUUAGGAGAGCUGUUACAUUUGGCAAGUACAUUAUUACCCCAUGAAUGUAGCUACCAUAACCAUUGCCUACCCUCUCUGUUGUCAAUAGCUUCAUCAAUGGAUGUACAGGCUGACCAAAGAAACCAAGCUCAAAAAGCAGUAUAUUACCUGGAUAGAUUUCAUUCUCUGAAGAAGAAAGGUGUAGUUCCAUGUAGUUUAUACCUUGACCAGUUAAUUCAGUACAGCAGUGGGAAAAAUGCUGGACAUAAAAAACAGUUCCACUUACAAAAAGACAAGCUGUAUGACUUAUAUUUGUCAAAGUUUCCAUCAGAUGAUAUAAUUACUCAGGCGAUGAGAGAUUCUAUGGUAAUUGGCACUAAAAAUAAUCUCAUGUGGAACUGGGAUCUUAUAUCAUCUAUAUUAAAGUGGCCAGAGGAUAAGAUGAAGAGGGUGGAUGAUCAGAUUCAGUCAAGGUUUAUCAAACGUCUUGUAUACUUCUUCAAACCAACAAAUCAUGUAUUUUCAAGACAAGAAAUGAAGAAUGGAAAAUCUAAAAAGAUAGCACAUGUAGGGUGUCUAUUAAUAGAUUUCCUUAUAUCAUGUGACCAGGAUGAGGCUCAGAAGCAAGUUAUAGACUUUCUAAAUGAUAUUGGACAGUGUCUCUCAGAGAUAUCAAGUCAGUAUCUAGCUCCAGAAUCUGUACUCAGUCCAUCAAACAUACAGAAGACCUGUAGUCAGUAUUAUUUUUUAAUGGUUGGCAGAUUUAGCUGCUCUGUAAAAGGAGAUAGAUUGUUAGAAAAGACUGGCAUUUAUCAGUAUUUAAUGGACAUUGUCUCAUCUGUGAAUCAGGACAGUUAUGUAAAGUUGACAGUAUCCAGCCUUAAUUACAGCAGGGAUAACAAUACAAGACAUGUGUUAGCCAAGGCCCUUAGUUCUUCUAUUGAGACAUCAAGACUAUACACUACAAAUUUUUUAAGAGUAUUACUAAGAUCCCGUGUCCCAGGGUUCAGUACUUGGGGAAUGGAGUUAAUAGUCACUCAGCUGUAUGACAAGUCUACAAGUACAGCAAUGGCUGCUAUAACUCUGUUGGAAGAAGCAUGUGAAGUUGAUACAUGUCUCAAUUCACUACUAAAGCUACGUCCAUCCUGUUUACAUCUUGGUGAUAAGGGAGUGUUAUUACUAUGUCGACUGUUAUCUACACCAAAAGGCUUUAAGACGUUACUAGCUGCUAACUAUGUUUCCAGUGAACUACAGAAAUGGAGAAAGACAUAUAAUGCCAAAUAUGUAAACAUAGUAGAGGAACGGUUAAAUGAAGCCUUAACAACAUAUGAAAAAACAUAUGAAGGUUCAUUUACCAGGAGAUCUAGUCAAUCAAGACCAAAGAAGGAUGCUUUCCUCCCUGUACAUUUGUAUGGAGAGUUAGUGCAACACAAAGAGGGAUUUGAACUUCUGAAACAACAGGAGUACAUUGAAGAGUAUUUUGAGUGUGUAAAAUGUCAGUAUUUAAUAACAGAUGAAGAUGAGACCAAACUUAAGACUGCUUUAUGGGUUGUGGGUCACAUAGGAACUUCUACGUGGGGUAUACAGUGGUUAGAGGAGGAAUGUUUACUUCCUGAGAUUAUAAAGCUGGCAGAAGAGUGUGGGGUCUUCUCUUUAAGAGGGACAGCAUUUUAUGUGCUUGGUUUAUUAGCCAGUACAAGAGAGGGUGCUGAACUGUUGAGUCAGUUAGGGUAUGAAUCGUGUUGGAGAACGAGAGAGGAAAUGUGGCCAGUAGUCGAGGAUAAGACAGAACUAUUAGACUUCAAUCAGUUACAUGACAUGCAGGAUGUAAAAAGUGAAAGUAAUUAUAGCAUGGCAGGUAGCAUACGAGAUUUGGAUAUUAAUAAGAUUCAUUCCCCAAGUGCUUUAUCAUCGAAUCUGUUUUUUAUUGAAGAGGAAGGUAAGAAUGGUUGUGAUUCAAAACAAAGCUGUGAUAAAAACUCAAACUUUGACUCAUCUGCCUACAUUCCUCAUAAGAUACACAAUCGUGUCAGAACACUGCCACAUGAUUCUAGACGAGCUAAUACAUUACCUUUACGUCCACAAUCAAUUAGAAGUGUUGCUGUCCGAACAGAUAGGCUACGAAGUUCAAGUGAUGAUACAGACAAAAGAUUUAUGGAGAAAAAACAUACGACUGGGCAUGCUCAGGAAGAUUCAAUGGUAAAAGUUCAAUCAGAACAAAAAACAAAACUUGUUACUGAAAAACAGACAAUUGAACCAGAUAAAGUUUUCACAGAAAGUAAGGAAAAAUCAAAUUUAGAACUUAUUGGGAUUUUAAAAGGGUCAAGACUUGAUUCUGUAAUGAGAGGCCGUAGUGCUACUGUCGGCUCAGUGCCCCCUAGUGAGAGUACUAAUCAAAGUAAUGUAAACAAUAGUAGCAGUAAAAGUGCUGAAAAUAUUCAUCGACAUAGUGGAUCAUUUAACGUUAAUGUAUCAGUCAUACCUGUGAUUAAAUUACCUAGUAUUGACUUAGAUCAUCAGGACAGUGUGGUUAUAAAUCGUUCCCCACCUACAACCUUUCAUAUAUCUGUAGAACCAGAAAAACCUGUUGUUUCAGUGAAAAAAUGCAAUUUCAGAAUUGGUUCAGAUGAAGAGGAGGAUGAUGACCACAAGGUCCCAGAAAGGAAAAAGGACCAUAUUAAAGAAGCAAGUUUUAACUUGCCAACUUAUUUAAAGGAAUCAAAAGGUAACAGCAGUGAUAGUUCAAAGACAAGUAAAAGUAGAACAGACAGUUUUAAUACUGACUCUACAACCAGUGGAAUAGGCUCAUUAGAAUCAGGAGCUCAUUGUGGUGCGUCUAGUGAAAUAGCUUCCUUAAGUCCUAUAGCAAGUUCUUCAUCUUUAGAAAACAUAAUGAGACAAAGCUCUCAAGAAAAGUCGAGUAUUCAUCCGUCCAUCAACAGAAGGAGAUCAUUGAACUUGAACCGUAUACCUAGUCUCAGAAAAUCACAAGCUAGUCCUGCAUAUGGCAUUUUACCUUCAUCUCGAAUGUCGGAAAAUUUAUCUGCUGAAAAUGCAGUUAUGUAUACAACUACCCAGGAUGCAUUAGGUUAUUCAACGUGGAGGUCAUUACGGCGGCAAAGAACAUACAGUUCUGAUAUGGAAUCAGAAUUAGGUAUUGGGAUGUUAUAUGGGGAGGAUAUGCCUUCAAGUACACUUAGUCGUCAAUCUAGCAUAGAAUCAAAGAUGUCUUUUGAUCAUCUAGCUCUCAAGGGAUUAAGUGCAACAAUACCAAGAAAUUCUAGUACUGUAUCACUUCAAGAUCAGGAUCGACCUUCUAGUCCAUAUUCUGUUUCACCUAAGGCUAUAUUAUUACAACGUAAACCACACACAGGAAAGGCAGAGUUCCUAGGUCUCACAUUACCUGUUGAUAUCAACAUGAUAUUUGAGGUUCAUGAAGGAGAAGAUAAAAGAUCACAUUCAGGGGUAGAAAGCAGAAAGUCUUCAGGUUUUGGUAGUGCAUCACGUCACUCUUCAGUAACAACAUAUGACACAGAUGAACAUGAGACAGCUAUAUGUAUAGUUUGUAAUCAGUUACGACACGAUUAUAAUGCUCUCAAAGAACAUGAUGAUGCCGUAGGGGAAGAAAUAGAAGCAGCCAGAGGUGAAGUAGAAGAAACAAAAUCUUUAUCCUCAAUCUACAAACAAACGAGAACGAGGCUGGACAGUUGUAACGAGCCGUCAUCAGCAACACCUGGUAGUGUUACUAGUAUGACAAGCAAUGAAUCUUCUACAAAGAAGAUAGACUUUGAAAGUGUUAUUGGCAGAACAAUGUUACGUAAAGAAGUUAAGAAGUUUGUUGUCAGUCUGAGUAGUUUUAUCAACGUCAAGUCAUCAGAACAAGGUCUGUUAACGUUAAAGCAGAAAGUGCCAAAAGCUUUUCAAGACUUAUGUUUCUUCUCUGAGGUUAUAUACAUUCUAGGAACGUGUUCAUUUAGAUUGACUGCCAGAAGAUUUAUACAGGAAUUGUUUGAUGAGUUUGAUAUGGAUCAGAUAUUGCAAGAGGCAAAAUCAAUACUUGGUGUAAAUGCAGAAAUACACGACCCAAGGAGAGUUGGGAGACAAGAAAACUUGGAUAGUGUUUGGGAAAAAGAUUUCUAAUCGAAACAUUUACAUAAACCAAGAAGAAAUGGUAAAAAGAAAACAAUGGCUGAGAAAGUUUUCAGAAAUACAGGAUAGAACUAACCAAAGAAAUCACCAAUGUCUUUGAUAAAUAGAUGUUAAAACUACAAAUUAAUUGCUAUGAAUGAGCUACUGAUUUACGUCCUGACAAUUCAGAAAGAAGUGUUCAAUUUAACAUUCAGACAUAUUUCUGUGGUAAAUAUUUUUGCGAUUAAUGAUAAGUUGAGAAAAAUGCAAGAUUAAUUAUUGCAAAUGCAGGAAAUGCUGAAUACAUAUGAUGCUAUCAAAUAUAGAAAGUCAGAUCAGCACAAUACAUAUGACUAUCAAAUAUAGAAUGUGAACUUUAACACAAUACUCAUUCUGAGACAUUUUUCAACAUAGGAAAAACCUUCAAAAAAUUCUCAACUUAAAGUAAUUAAAAUUAUCAUGACGAAUAGUAAUUACAGAUUUAAAGAUUAAUUUCACCACAAAAUGGAUACAAUCAGAAAUAAUUGGAGCCUGUCAUAAAAAAAUCUGUCUUUUUAUACAUUAAAGUGGUAACUUGGUGUAAAAGACCAGUUAUGUAACUUGGAGAGUUACUGUUUGUAUAUAUCUUUAAGCUGGUAUAACAUGGAAAUCUUAUGUUUUCUAUGAGGAGGCCAGUGUGUUAUAUCUUUGUGAUAUUUUCAGGAGAUUGAUAUAAAGAGACAAAAUCAUUAUUGUGAUAUUUUGUACAGUCUAUAUUUAUUGUAAUAAAUGCCAAAAAGUUUUUAUUGAAUGAAAUUUGUAAAUAUUUAUUUAGCAAUGAGAUGAACUUUGUUAUGAAAUUUUUGUUUCAAGAUUUUAUACAAGGUUUUGAUUAAUUUAUAAAGUUAAUCAAUUUUAAUAUGUAAAGGGUUAAAUAUGGAGCCAAGCUUCAAUUCAGUUACAUUUUAAGCAAUAAUGAGUAUAAAUACGAUUGUAUGUCUUGUAAUAUGUGUGUUUAAUCAUUCCAUGAUAAGUUCUGUUUUUUUAAUGCUAUUUAGCGCCUAGAAGUGAUGCUUUACACAUAUUAAACAUUUAUUAUGGAUGCAGCUUCUAUUUUAACUAAUAAACUUUACACAUAUUUUUCUUAUGAUCAAAUUGUUAUUCUUUUCAGCAACCUAUCAAAAUCAUAGUUAUAUUAAUGUUAAUUGGCAGUUUUUUUAAAGCUACUGUAUCAAAUUACCGAUUUGAAUGGUUGGAAAUAAACAAAAUUUAUGUGAUAUCGCAAUUUUAAAUAAUAUGAGUCAUUCUCAAAUUUUAAAGUACACAUAUAUCACAGCCAAAAAUGUUAACUACAAACAUCAACAGAAACUCAUUGCCUUCUGUGUUAAUGACUUACAUCCCGCUUUGUUUACAAGGUUAAAUAUCUAGUCAAAUAUAACACGUAUUUUCUUGGUAUAUAUGUGCAGAUAUGAAUAUAUAUUUAUGGCAAAAAGGCUUAAGGGCAGUAUGUGCAGAUAUAUCAAAUACAUUUACUUCAAAAUCUAAAUUCAAAAAUACUAUUUGUUUUAUUCUCACCAGCUUGCAUUCAUUUGAAGGGGUAAAUAAAGCCAUUUUAUCGUAAUUUGACUUAAUGUCAAGUCUUUUUCUUCAACAGAAUGUUAUUUUCAUUAUUCUUUAUGAUCUUCCAGUCAUGUGAGAAUAAAAUUAAUUUCUAUUUAAGCAUGAAAAAAGAACUAUUUGGUAAUUUAUUUCAUUUCAAAACUGCAUAAAGUGAUCGUGUUCAGGACUAAGGGCAUUAAAUAACAAAGGUUAGUGAACUGGACAGAUUCAUAAAGAUUCAAAAUAAUUAAACAAUAAAGAGCCAAAGAAUAAUCAUCAAACAUUAAGUCAUUUUGUAUGAUGCUGUUUUCAUACUUUCUCAGGUAACAUGUUAAGGUAUCAGAAAAAUUAUUUAUACUUUGAAAAGUAGACGUAACUAUAUCACAAUGCAAUUUCAACUUAUUUCUUUUCUUCUUAGUGAUGAAUCUGAUGUAUUGGUGGUCAAUACAUUGUAAUCUAAUAUUUAUGAAUGAAUUUAAGGACCAUCAUCAUUUUCAUAGUUUGAUUUCUUCUCCUGUGACAAUAUUAAUAGUUGAAGGGAGCAAGACUUAAAUAUUGCUAUAUGUCUCAUCCCAAAUUAUUCAAAUUUUGUAUCUGUACCUUGAUUAAGGUGGUACCCAACACUUUCACCAAAAUUAGUUUGGCUCGUUUAAUUUUCAUAAAAUUUUGACAAAGUAUUAACUUUGACCCUUUAACAAAAAUAUAAAAAAUUCAAAAAAUUUGAACCAAGCGUUUUAUCAGAAAAAUUACACUGGUUAUAUAGCAGUUAGACAAACACUAUAUUGAUCAUUGAGAAGCUUAAUAUUCCCCUUAACAACACGAUGUCAUUAAAAUGUUUAGGUGAUUUUACAGAGUUAUCUCCCUGUAGUGUUAGGUACCACCUUAACUGCUACAGUAAUUUAUAAAGAAAGCAGAGGAGAUAACUAGUAUUAUGUCAACUCUUGUUAAAUAAUAAGAAUGUUCCACAAAAUACCUUGUAUAGUAAUUUGUAAUUUUUUCAUGGACACAUUUCUUAUCAACUGUAUGUUUGUAUCACAUUAAUCGGAGGUAUGUUUGAAACUAAAUUUAUGUUUUGAUUUGUUGAAAAUACAGUUAUAUUUUAUUAUGAUUUGUUAAUAUUUUGUAUAUUUUAAAGUUAGAUAAUGAUAUAUAUAUAUAAAACUUACAGAGAACUACUAUGGCUGUGACAGUUUACCCUCCAUGAGGGUAAAACGGUUACCACAUACACACAACCAGUUUGUAUUCAUUUUAUAAUAAAAAAUAUUUUCUAUGUAAUGGUCAGUACAAAUGAAAGUUGUUUUAUUGCUAGAAGUAUAUGUUGAUUUUGUAAAUCAUUUUUAUUGGUCAUUCUUUCACAGGGUCAAUUUCUAUUAUUAUUCUUUGAAUAUGUUGGACUCGUAUCGAUAUCCAGUCUCUAGUUGAUGUUCGUUCUUCAAAUCAAAGUCCAAUCUUAAGUUUGGUAAAGUAAGAUUCCAAUAUGGCAGUUAAUGAUACCUCUGCUCCAAAAAUAUCCCAUCAAAAUUUGGUUGCUCUUUUUUCUGUAACUACAUAUACCAGUAUCAUGAAUUACAUCAUCAAACUUCAUGUAGGAAUGUUAUACUGUGAUAUAGUGCAUCAUAUACAAAAUUCAUAUUGAUCUCUUUCACUGUUUUCUAAAUACUUGUUAAAUUCUAAUUUGUAAACUCAACGAAUAUUAAUUAUUAUUUAUUUGGCAAAAUGCUACUGUACACUUUGCAAUUAGUCCAGUCAAUCUAGCAUAAAUUUGACCCUAACCCGAAAGUAAUUGCAACAGAAGAUUUUUAAGUUUUAAUCUUUAGCAUUAUACCCCAAAUAUACACAGAAAAAGUCCCAUAAAAUCUAACUUGAGGAAGACUAAAAAAAUCACCAUUUAAAAUUCCUAUGGAGAUUUGCAUUGAAAAGGGAGAUAUCUCUUGCAAAAAAGGCAGAAAUAUCAAUAAAAAUUGAUACUAAAUUAAAACUUUACCGCUUCUAUCCAUCAGAAUGUAUUGAUUCUUGAUUUUUUAGCGGUCUUUAGAGUAUAUUAAACAACUUUUAAGGUAUUUUUAUAUAUUUUAUCAAGCUAUAAUCUAGAUUUCGUAAUUCAUUAGUUGACCAUUUAUUGAAUUCUUUAACAUGUCAAGGUAAAGAAUCUCAAAUUUAAUAAAAAUAAUACAGCAUGUAUUCUUCUUUUUAUGGUUUAAAGUUUCUUUAGAUAAGUAAGUUGCUGAAAAAAUAUCAUAUACAGAUAUAAACAAUACCAAAUUUUCACAAUAUUUUUUUCAAAAUGGUUACAAAGCUUCAAAUUUGCAAUUUCUUUCAUGAAAAAUGCAUGAAAAAAAUAAAAUUACCCAUAACACUUUGGUUUUGUACAUUUCAUGAGCAGAAGCUUAUAUGAUUUAGUCAAAUACAAACUUAUAUCCCCAUCAAAGUAUCAUACUUUACAUAAAUUUUAAGAAAAACAACCAAAAAAGACUCUUUUUGCAAGAGUUAUCUCCCCUUCCAAUGUUAAUUUCCAUAGGAAAUUAAAAAUUCUGAUUUUGAGUUUUCCUAAAGUUAGAUUUUAUGGGACUUUUUCCUGUGUAUAUAAAGGGCAUAAUGCUAUAGAUAAGAGCCAAAACAUUUUCUGUUGCAAUUAGUUUGAGGUUAAAUCUUAGUUUGACUGGACUAAAUGGCUAGAAUUACUUUAAACCACCAGAUUUAACUCGUGCAUGAACUCAAUAUCCCAAUUGAACCAACCUUCUUAUAAUUAACCAAACAUGUGUCAACUAUAAACAAACAACAUAAUACAUGUUCGAUUUGUACAACUUUGAUAAAUAGAAAAUUGUAUUCCCAGGAACUACAAAUCAAGUCUUUCUCAAAUUAUGAAUUAACCUUCACAUGAGCAUCAUAUACACUUUAGGCUUUGAUUUGGUGUAUUCAGUCUAUUCAGGCAGAAUAAAGCAAGAUAACAAAAACUACUUUUAUGAUGUUACGGUAGGACUGAGAUUUGAAGAUGGACUGGACCGCUUACAGUUAGAUUGUUGAUCUGAGCCUAACACUUUUGAUUAUUAUAAGUUUUUAAAAUCAAAGAUGGAGCUUAUUUUUGUAGAAUUGGUGCCUACUGCAUUAAAUUAAACACAAUUAAAUCUUGUGUAUUUGUUCUCCUGUGUAUAGAAGGAAAGAGGAAUGCUUAUGUCAGUUCAGAAAAAAAAGUUUUAUCUCCUAUGAUGUUUAUAAAGAAAAUUGCUGAUCAGGAAGAACUUCAAAUGUUUUUCAUUCAGUUAAAAUCUUACUUGUGAUACAUGUCCAUGUCAAAUAAAUUUGUUGUGUAUUUCUUGAUUUUGCCCAACAAUAUUUAAAGGGUGAUUUGUGCCCUUUUUUUUAACAUUCCUAAAAUUUUGAAGUUUAAUUAAUUAUUUCAAUUUGGAAAGGCCAAAAAAAAAUUAUAUAUUUUUCUAUUUAUGGCACUUAAAAUUAUAUUAAAGCACAUUUUGAUUUAUUCUUACAAUUCAGGCAAAGAUUCAUGAGGAUCUUGAAAGCACAAAAUGUACAUGUAUCUGGACAAUAUGUAACCUCUUUGUUCUAAUGACAGCAAUAGUUCAAUUGCACGCAAAAUCACAGUGAAACAAUAAAAAAUUAAGAACCAAAAUACUUUUGAAAAUGUCAUUAUAUUUUUUCCCCGUCUCAGGAGUAAUAGGAGAUGAACAAAAGUGUUUCUAUGUUUAUGUUUGCUAGUGCUAUUAUGUCUGGUGCAGGAUAUAUGUAUAUGAUGUCGCUAUGUUGUAUUUGUUAUCCUAUUGUUGUAAUAAAACCUAAAAAUCUAAAGAAAAUAAAAGGAUAGAAAUUUA